CUGAUACUGCAGGUAAUCCUGCAUGUCAAGGACAUGUACAGCAGAACUGGGGUUCUUUGCCAUGGUGAAGAUAUUUUGGAAGCGCUUCCUGCUCAAGGCAAUUUUCCUGCUGCUGUUUUCUUCACUUGUAAAUCUCCUUCAUGUGAGGAAGCCAACGGAAAUAUUGGUUUUGUGAUAUUUCACCCUCACCGCCCCCUUCUUGAGAUAGCUUAAAGCAGGGGAGGACCGGAGGCAGGUUCAGCCCGAACACACAGGCCUGGACAGGUCGCUGCAGCUCCUGACACAAUCAACAAGGAAGAGACAGUACGUGCUUGAAGACAAGGACGGAGAGACAGGCAAAGAGGGGCUGGAGAGAGAAGAGAAUACUAACAAGAUGUGAGCAAACAGAGAGAAAAAUUGUUCACAGGAAGCUACUUUCGGACACUAGAAUGGAGCCACUGAGCAGAGAGGAAGAGACAUACGUCUUGGUGGAGUACGCCUUUGAGUACACAUCCAAGGAUGGGAGAUUUAUUUCAAUCAAACCCAACGAAAGAUAUGUGCUUUUGAGGCGAACAAAUGACCACUGGUGGCAUGUUAAAAAGAGCAAAGAAGCCCGGCCUUUCUACAUCCCAGCUAAAUAUGUCAAAGAGCUGGGCCCCAGGACCCAGGCUCUGUUUCUGUCUGAGAAUCUUCCCUCGACAACCCUGCUGGAGGAAACCAGCUUAGGGGCCUCCACGGAGGUUGGCAGGGAGGAGCAGCCGCCAGAGUAUGAAUAUCGGUUUGUGAAUGCUGUUCAAGAGCGUGAUGCAGAUUCCUCCCAGCACCCUUCCAUCUCCUCAGGGGCAGGAAUGACGGUCCCCUUUGACACUGGUGGGAAGAUGUUGCUCCCCAUUUACGGAGCAGCAAGAGCCACGCUUCCCACCCUCAGGGCAUCACAUGGAUCCCUUAAGCCUCCCUAUGCAACAGGUGCUGCGUAUCCCCUGGUGGGCUAUGCCCAUUCCACUGAGCACAUGAGGCCUACAGUGUCCCUGGAUGACUUGGCGAGGUUCACACCACACAGCCAGGCAGGCGCUGGGAACUCAGGACUGUACAAAGCUGCCUCGUGGGGUCACCCUCACCCGCUCCUGAAGAGCAGCUCUGAAAAUGUCCACAAGCUGAUGGAGGAGGAUAGACUUAAGUGGGACACACAGGAGCAUCAUGUCGGACAGCCGUGUGAGGCCGUGGCCACAGAUCCCGUGUAUGUGAAUCUACAGGAGCUCCAGUUGGAACAGAGUGAUACCGCUGCCAGCAAUGUUGAAGCCACGCUCCAACCGCAGCUCAGAGGCCUUCUGAACAACUGGGAGACCCACACAGACAAAGACAGUGGCCAUUUGUUCUAUUACAACUCAUUGACAGGCCAAACGACGUGGGAGUCUCCCUUUGACCCUUCCGUGAAUAGUGCCAGGCCUGCCAGUUCUCGCUCUCCCUCGCUUGCCCCCAGCCCUGCCACACCUGCUGCCGAGUGGGACCAAUAUGUAGAUGAGGCCAGCGGGCAGGUGUUCUUCUAUAACACGCUAACAGGCGAGACGUCGUGGGAUGCCCCCCAUGUGAACGAAGUGCUCGACUAUCCAGAAAUGCAGCCUGUAUUUGCUCCCUAUAACUCCAUGGAUCAGAGGCCACCAACUCCAGAAACUGACUACCCCAAUCUUUCUCCCGAUGAACUUGAACACUACCCUGAAGAAGAUUAUUCUCCAGUCGGCUCUUACAGGCAGCUGGAUUAUCCCUCAGCAUGUCAAGUCUGGGCCUCCUACGGCAACCAGGAGGGGCUGGAGUUUGAUAGUGACCAUUAUGUCUCGGACACGGUAACACUGUCCAGCCAUCACCAUAGUACCAGCAGUGGGUCCAGUCUGGACAGCAGCCCAUUUGGGAAUUGGUCACCCAAUCUUUUGGCUUUCCCUGGUUCAAAGGAGGAGCAGUUCAAAACUCUUGAAAAGGCUGGAAUGCUCCAUCGGACAAAAACUGCUGAUAAAGGAAAACGCUUGAGGAAGAACUGGAGUUCUUCAUGGACGGUGUUGGAAGGUGGUGUCUUAACAUUUUUCAAAGACUCAAAGCAUUCAGCUUCUGGCAGUGUGAAACAUCCCUCGGUCCUAAGUAGCCCAGAGCACACUGUGGAUCUUCAUGGAGCAACACUUUCUUGGGCCACCAAAGACAAGUCAAGCAAAAAGAACGUCUUGGAACUGAAGACACGGGAAGGCUCUGAAUACCUGAUCCAGCAUGAUUCGGAGACUAUCAUUGGCACAUGGCAGAAGGCAAUUGCCAACAGCAUUAGCAAACUACCCAUGGAUUUCCCUGGUGAAAACAAUGAAGAAAAUUCAGCAGACUUCAAAUCCAUGGACCAAAUAGGAAGCAACAAAGAGAAGGAGGGUGAAAAGAAGAGUCCUGCCUCUUGGCAUUCAUCCAGCUCUCUCAGCUCAGACAGUGAUUCCAACAAAGUCCGUAACAAGCUCCGAAAGUUUCUGCAGAGGCGCCCAACACUCCAGUCCCUGCGGGAGCGAGGCUACAUCAAAGAUCAGGUGUUUGGAUGCGCUCUGCAAGUUCUGUGUGACCGUGAGAAGAGCACAGUGCCUCAGUUCGUUAGGCAGUGCAUCUGCACUGUGGAGAAGAGAGGCUUGGAUAUUGAUGGACUCUACCGGAUAAGUGGGAAUCUGGCUACGAUACAAAAACUGCGCUACAAGGUUGAUCAUGAUGAGCACCUGGACCUCAAUGAUGGCCGUUGGGACGACGUUCAUGUCAUCACGGGGGCGCUCAAGCUCUUCUUCCGCGAGUUGCCAGAGCCACUCUUCCCCUUCAGCCAUUUUGACAAAUUCAUUGCAGCCAUUAAAAUUACAGAGCUGACAAAGCGAAGCUGCCGCUUACGAGAGCUGGUGACUUCUUUACCUCCAGCUAAUCGCAAUACCAUGAGGGUACUUUUUGAGCAUCUCUGCAGGGUUAUAGAGUUUCGGGAGGAGAACCGUAUGUCAGUCCAAAGCGUUGCAAUCGUGUUCGGGCCAACAUUACUGAAGCCAGAGGCAGAAGAAGGGAAUAUGACUAUGCACAUGGUUUUCCAGAACCAGAUCGUGGAGCAAAUUCUUAGCCAGUUCAGCUACAUAUUCCCAGAGAACUAAGCUCUCCCAGCACAUCACAAGAGCCUGGUUGAACGAGCGAACAGCUUUGAUGCAAGGACAGUUCCCAUCACUACAGGGAAGGGAGUAUUGCUGGGCAGUGCCAAGACUUCGAGAUAGUGAAGUUGGGAAGGAAGAAACUGCAAGCAAUAAAACAAUCAAAGUUGGAUUCAGAACGUUCUCCAAUGUUGUGGGCAUGGGAUAUGAAAACUCUGUUGGAUAGGAGAAAGGCUAUUUGUUCAACAAAGUAUUCUGUAUUAGUGAGCUUUAACUCCAAUCUGGAGUAUCGUUUUGCCAUAGGAUGAUGUGACCUGGUAUGUUGAAAAAAUGUGGGAAAGGGCUUUGUAGCUAAGUCUGCACUAUAAUUUUUUCACAUGUCUUGGCUUUUUGCUAAGGAAUUUGGGGAAUUGUAGCAUUGUGAGUGUACCAUGAUUCUUCUGCUCUUCCAACUGAAUAAGGCACUGUUGAAUGUA